AUGCUUGAUAGGCAGGUUUUGUUUUUGGCUCUAAAGCUGUGGCUGGUCUCAGUUUCAGUGGUCUGCAACUCAAAGCUAGGUGAGGCGUAUGAUGAACAAGCUGCAAGGAAGCUAUCCGAUGACGUCUCUGCUGGUUUCAUAAGCAUUGACUGCCGGGCUAGUGGAGAUUACAAAGACGAUGAAACUGGGCUAGUUUAUGAGUCAGAUAUGAAAUAUAUCGACACAGGAGAAAUUCACCAGCUAUCUUCUAACCUCGCCGAAGGGCUUUAUAAACAGCAAAUGAAGAAUUUGAGGAGCUUUCCUCAAGGAACAAGGAAUUGUUACACCCUGAAUCCCAAACAAGGUGCAAACAAUAAUUAUCUCAUCAGAGCAUCCUUUAUGUAUGGGAACUAUGACAACAAGAACCAGUUCCCAAUAUUUGACCUGUACCUAGGUGUUAAUAGAUGGGUGACUCACAAUGCUUCAACUGCUUCAAGUUACUAUUAUGAAAUUAUUCAUGUUCCCACGGUGGAUUACAUAGAUGUGUGUCUGGUAAACACUGGCAACGGAAUACCCUUUAUUUCUGUCUUGGAGUUACGGACGUUGGCGGACACCAAUACAUAUCAAAUGGGAAAAAACGAGGCAAAGAGAACCGUUAGGAGAUAUGACGUUGGUGGCCAACAUAAUCAACAGGGUACUGGCAGUAUCAGGUACCCUGGUGAUUCCUAUGAUCGCAUUUGGUUUGAUCUCAACUUCGAUGACUGGAAUCCCAUUUCCACAGACUCAACCAUAUACUCUCCAAACAUCGAUGAUGGUAAUUAUAAAGUACCAGAUGAAGUACUGAAGACUGCUGCAACAUCCCAGGAUGCUAUGAGUCCUUUGAUAGAAGGUUCUGAUUCUAAUUACUUUCCUCCAAUUCCUCCAAUGCUUAAUGCUUUCGAAGCUUUUGUGUCUUUAGAGCUCCCACUUUCACCGACAUACCCUAAUGAUGUUAACGCUAUCAGAGAUAUAAAGACAACUUACAAAGUGAUUAGAAACUGGCAAGGCGAUCCAUGUCUCCCUAGUAGUUUCUCAUGGAAUGGUCUGAGUUGCAACAAUGACACAAAUCCAAGGAUCAUAUCACUGAAUUUGAGCUCAAGCAAUUUGAGUGAGAUAGCUCAUUCAUUCUCGAAUCUUGAAGCAAUAGAAGUUUUGGAUUUAUCGUAUAAUAACUUGAACGGGUCAAUACCAGAAUUUUUAGCACGACUGCCCAAUCUAAAAGUCCUGAACUUAACUGGAAACAGGUUCACUUCAGUUCCUGGUGCUCUUUUGGAAAAGGUCAAAGAUAAAACCUUGCUGUUGAGUCUGGAAGGACUGGAAGGAGAUACAGAUAAGCCAGCUCCAACCCAUGGAAAGCGAAAAAUGCUCAUUAUUGCUGUUUCUAUUGUUGUCACUAUUGUUGUGGUGCUCAGUAUGUACUUCGCAUUUUGCAGAGGGAAAAGAAAAGUAAAUAGAUACCAGAAGAAUGUGUCAAUGAAAUCUCAGGACGAAGCAUACACUUACUCUGAGAUUCUUACCAUUACCAACAAUUUAACAACUGUCAUCGGAGAAGGAGGGUUUGGAAAAGUUUACCUCGGCAAUGUGGGAUGUAACACUAAAGUAGCUGUUAAGGUGCUUUCUGGUACAUCAAAACAAGGCUAUAAGGAGUUUCGAGCAGAGGCAGAACAGUUAAGGACGGUCCACAACAAGCACUUGGUUCAUCUCAUCGGGUACUGUGAUGAGGAUGAACAUAAGGCACUGAUAUAUGAAUUCAUGAAAAAUGGAAACUUGAGACAUCAUUUAAGAGGGAAACCAGAUGCAAAUUUGCUGAGGUGGAAAGACAGAAUUAAUAUUGCCAUAGAUUCAGCCAAGGGAUUAGAGUAUCUGCACAAUGUUUGCAGGCCACCUAUAGUCCACAGAGAUUUGAAGACUACCAACAUCUUACUUGACGACAAGAUGCAAGCUAAACUAGCUGAUUUUGGGCUCUCUAGGGUCGUCCCAGAAAGUGGCCCUAAUUCAACUGUCCCUGCUGGAACACUUGGAUACAUAGAUCCCAAACUGCGGGAUUCUAGUAUCUUAACCAGGAAAAUGGACAUUUAUAGCUUCGGGAUAAUUCUGUUUGAGCUGAUCACCGGGAAGCCUGCAAUAAUUAAAAAAGACCAAGAAAGUGGCGUAUACCAUAUUCUUCAUUGGGUUGACCCUGAAAUUAAAAGUGGGGAUAUUAAAAAUAUUGUUGAUCCCAGGUUUGAAGGAGAAUUCAAUGCCAAUGCUGUUCGGAAAAUGGCAAAUAUUGCAAGUUUAUGUGCACAACCAGAUGUAAAUGGAAGACCAGACAUAAGUGAUAUACUGGUAGGAUUAAGGGAAUGUUUGGCUAUAGAGAUGGAUCCUGGAACAACCUGCAAGACAGAAGGUUUGGCUAUAGAGAUGAAUCCUGGAACAACCUGCAUGACAGACAGCUUCAUGUCAGCUUCAUCCAAUCUGCCGGAAGAGCCUUCUUCCGGUCACGGUUUAGAGUUGGCUGUCAUUCCUUGAGUAAGCUUUUUGAUAUAAGAGAUAUGGGCUCCUGAUAAUCGAUGGAGUAGUUUGAGGAUUUCCGGACUCUGUCCUUUCAUACAAGACCUGUUUCAUUAUAUCUUUUAUUGUAUAUUGGAGUUGAGGAUUGAGUUUGAGGUGUGAUUAAUUUCGGUAAUUGACCAUAUCUUGUUAAGCAUAUUUUGAUUGGUUGGUUUUGAACUUAUUGUUCUGUGUCAUGAACUACUACAAUUUGGCAUGACGACCCUCUGAAAGUUUCUCUAAGGAUUGAAACUCCCAAUAGGGUUAGCCUCGGGAAUAAAGAUCCCAAUUGACUAGUUGUAUUAGGUUUCUCUUAUAAAGAUAUUAUU